GCAAAGCAAAAGCAGCACUCGCGUAAUCGCGGUCGCCGUGCACGCCGCCUUCGGCCUUACAGCAGCUUUGUGAAGGCUUUUUCACUCCUUCGCUGGCCGCCGCAGCGCUGCUGGAGACACGGCUUGCAAGCGCCGCACAGCGGACGCAUACAGCCUCGCAUUAGCAAGCACGCAAUCGCAUCAAAAAAAUGGACAACACCCAGUCAAGAAAAGCCUUCGACCCCUCGGAACUAAUUAUCAGGGAGCUCGCCAGUAGAUCCGUACUUGGUAAAAGACCGAGAGAGCCCGGAGAGGUCGUAUUGCCGGUCAGGGAGGCAUUGGGUGCCAUGUCGACCCCAAAAGGCACGGCGGAUUUACCGCGACAGUUGAUCUGCGCUACUAUUGCCCACCAGUCCCUGAAUAAGGUGCGAUUCCCCGUCAACGCGUUAUGCUGGGCGCGCGACGGGCGACGCGCCGUCACGGCGAAUCAGAACGGCGAAUUCACGUUGUGGAACGGCGCCGCGUUUAAUUUCGAAGGGUUGAUCGCGGCCCAUAACUCUGCUGUUAGAUCUCUAGCCUGGUCUCGCUCGGGUACCACCAUCCUGUCAGGAGAUGCGAAAGGAACAAUUAAGUACUGGGAGAGUUCGAUGACGCCCGUGAAGGAGUUACUGGGCACGCACGGCGGCAAUGCCGUUCGUGGUCUCAAAUUCGCCCCGUCGGACGCGAAGUUCUGUUCCUGUGCCGACGACGGGACCGUUCGGGUAUGGGAUUGGGAAUUGUUCAAAGAAGAGCGCAUCUUGGCAGGACACGGCUGGGACGUGAAGACCUGCGACUGGCAUCCUACGUAUCAGUUAAUUGCUUCAGGAUCAAAAGAUAACCAGGUCAAGAUGUGGGAUCCUAGGAAGCGCAGUUGUAGCGCUACAUUGUAUGGUCACAAGCACACGGUCAUGAAGGUGCUCUGGAACCCCAUCGACCCGAACUGGUUGUUAACUGCCUCGAGAGAUCAUACGCUGAAGUUAUAUGAUAUACGCGUACUCAAGGGUGCAGAAACGUUUAAAGGACACGACCGCGAAGUUACCAGUUGCGCCUGGCACCCUUUUAACUCUAGAGUGUUUGCUUCGGGUGCCUAUGACGGGCGCGUUUCUCACUGGUUGGUGGGUCUGGACCGGCCGAUCCACUCGCAUCAAGCGCACGAGCAGGCCGUCUGGGACCUCGCGUUCCACCCGGUAGGCCACGUCCUCGCAACAGCGUCAAACGACCACCGCGUCAAGUUCUGGUGCCGCACGCGGCCGGGCGACGACCCGGAGGCCGAUCUCGAUGAUGCGCAGAUGGCUUUGGUCCGAGCGCGCGCCGACGCGAUCGGGUACGAGCCGCCCCUACCGAUCGAGAUGGAGGAGGAGGUGUCUGAAGCUCGGUUUGCGACGACGGACCGGACGCGCUUCGGCGCGCCGGGGCGGCCGCCGCCGCCGCCCAUGCCCGGGCGCGAGCAAGCUUCGGGCUUCGGGCAGCACGCGGCGACGUCGUACGGGCCCGGAGCGGGUGGUGGGGGGCAGCGGUACUAACACUAGCUUU